UAUAACUGUUGCGAAGGCACAAGUUCCUUCACUAAUCACUAGCAUAGAAGCAUGGCCACCGUGAACUCCACGCGCGCCAUGGUCGCCGCCCUUCUCCUGCUCGCUCUCUUCUCCGCUCACUUCCCAGGGAGCAGCGACGCCUUCGACCUCAUGAACUACCUCUGCAGCAACAGGACCUCCUACGGCCUCAACUCCACCUACCGUUCCAACAUCGUCGCCCUGAUGGGGUCCCUCGCCACCAACGCGUCCAGCUCCGCCGUCGGCUUCGCCACCGCCGCGCUCGGCCGCGCCCCCGACCAGGUGUGGGGCCUCGCGCUCUGCCGCGGCGACGUCAACGCCACCAGCUGCGCGUCCUGCCUCUCGCUCGCCCCGGACAUCGCCUUCGGCUUGUGCAGGGGCGUCAGGGACGUGUCCAUCUACUACGACCGCUGCCUCCUCAGGUACUCGGACACCGACUUCCUGGCCAGCCCGGACGCUGCUGCGGCGACGGUCCAGUUCGGCGUCAACAGGGAUAUCAACAUCACCUCGGACCCCGGCCGGUACGUCGCGCUCGCGGCGGACCUGAUCGGCGCCCUGGCCGGUUGGGCGGCGCGCAACUCGACGAGGCGAUACGCCGCCGGGGUGAUGACCUCCGGCGAAGGGUUCGCGACGACGAACCGCAACCUGGUCCACAGCAUCUACGGGCUGGUCCAGUGCACGCCGGACCAGGCGCCGCAGGCCUGCCUGGGGUGCCUCAGCAGGCUCAGGAACGACAUGCCCACCGUGUUCAGCGGCACGGCUGGCGCGCAGUUCAACGCGGUGCCGUGUAACCUCAGGUACGAGAUGUUCGUCUUCUACGACAGCAGCCCGGUGGUCAACCUUGUCGCGCCGCCGCCGCCAGCUCCGACAACCCAGAACACAAACAGGGCAGGGGGUUCAGGGGACGCAGCAACAGUGAUCGCUAUCGUCCUAGGGGUCCUACUUCUUGUCCUUGCGUCCGCAUUUACCAUCUACAUCCGGAGAAAAGCACGAGCAAAACAAUAUGGCGGGGAAGAUGAGGAUGCUGGAUCUCUUCUCUUUGACCUGACAACAUUAAGGAGGGCGACGGAUAAUUUUGCUGAAGAGAAUAAGCUCGGGCAUGGAGGCUUUGGCGCAGUAUACAAGGGUUUGUUGCCUGAUGGACGGGAGAUUGCAGUGAAAAGGCUGGACAAAGCUUCAGCGCAAGGUCUAAAGGAGCUCAGGAACGAGCUUCUACUCGUCGCCAAGCUUCGUCACAACAACCUUGCAAAGCUUCUCGGCGUUUGCUUGAAGGGACAGGAGAAGCUACUCGUAUACGAGUACCUGCCCAAUCGAAGCCUGGACACCUUCCUUUUUGCACCUACAGCAGAGAAAAAUCUAUUGUUAGACUGGGAGACAAGGUACCGGAUAAUAUACGGAAUAGCACGAGGUCUGCUAUACCUUCACGAGGACUCGCAGAUCAAGAUCAUACACCGGGAUCUGAAGGCCAGCAACAUCCUGCUAGACACUGACAUGAACCCGAAAAUCUCUGACUUUGGCCUCGCGAGGCUCUUCAGUGGCGACAAGACGACUACAAUCACGAGCCAAGUCGUUGGAACACUAGGAUACAUGGCGCCUGAGUACGCAGUCCUGGGGCACCUGUCGGUGAAGUUGGACGUUUACAGCUUUGGGGUGCUCGUCCUGGAGGUCGUCACAGGAAGGCGAAACACCGACACAGCAUGCUUCGAAUCAGAACUUGGAGAACAUGGCACUCUGCUGAGCUACGUAUGGGAUCACUGGCUGAAGGGAACGCCACUGGAGACGACGGAUCCCUCGUUGGACUGCCAAGCCCUGCAGGAGAGCGAGGUGCUCAAGUGCAUUCACCUCGGACUCCUCUGCGUCCAGGAGGACCCGGCAGACAGGCCCGCCAUGCUAGACAUACUCGUGAUGCUCCACGGCCACGAGGCAAGCUUCGCGGCGCCUUCGAAGCCGGCGUUCGCCUUUGCAUGUGGUGAGCUGACGAACUCUGAACAUCCUGGUGUGUCCGGAGGUCCGGGUAGCCAAAGAGCAGCAGCUGGUGCUACUACUGUGUUCUCUGUGAAUGGGAUUUCUGUAUCAGAGUUUGAGCCUAGAUAGAUACAAACAUAGACAGAUCAGAUUGUCAUACAGAUAGAGGGGUGGAAAGGAACGAGUGAAGGUAAUCUAGAUUAAUCAACAUUUUUCUCAAACAUGUUCAACAUUUAGUGUUCAAAU